CAAUUUUGAGGAGUCUAUUCUCCUAUGCACCUACUUCCACCUUUCACAUUGUGUUUGUUGAAGAUGCUCUUACUUUGUAAAAAGACUGCAUAGUUGACUUAAGAACAGUAGUAGCCAUACGUGUAUAUGACUAUAUUCCACUGUAGCCUUAGCAAUUAGCAAAUGAUAGAUCUUGAAUUUUGUCAUCCAAGCAAGAAGAAAUCUUGAAGACAAAUGAAGAUAGCGAUUCUCUACUCCUUCCUCUUCCUGCUACUUCUACUGCUAUUCACCUCCGAGUCGCUAUCAUCAUCUCCUCCGGCAGUAUGUAUACUCGGCAGCGGGAUCGGCGGCUCCUCUGUGGCACAUUUCCUGCGAACCUAUUCCAAUCCAUCUCAAGUGGGUUCGAUAAAAAUAUUUGAACGACAUGGUGUCGUCGGCGGCCGCAUGGCCACGGUCACAGUCUCCGGAGACACUUUUGAGGCCGGUGGCUCCAUUCUCCAUCCAAAGAACUACCAUGCUUUGAACUUCACAAACUACUUGAACCUCAAAGUAAAAAAGGCCUCAUCGUCGGAAUCCGAUUCUUCUUUUGGCAUUUGGGACGGCAGUAAGUUCCUGUUCAAAACACUGCCUUCAAACUCCAAACUCCCGAUUCUUCAAAAGAUCGUGUCUUUCGCCAAUUCGGUCCUCAUUUUUCUUAGAUAUGGGUUCUCACUCUUUCGGAUGGAAGAUUUCGUCGAGGUGCUGCAUAAUUUGUUCACUUCGUUCCCUCUGUAAACUAAUAAAUCGACAUUUUUAGAUCAAUUGUUACACAUUUAGUGCUUGAAUAGUAUGCUUACUUUCUCAACAGGGAACUGUGAAUAAAUUCUUGAAGUUCUAUGAAAGAGUUGAGUCUAGGCCGGUGUUCGAGGAUGUAGAGGAAAUGCUUAAAUGGUCGGGGUUGUACAAUUUGACAACACGAACAUUGGAAGAAGAGUUGACUGAUGCUGGCUUAUCUACUACCCUUAUUCAAGAACUUGUCACCGUUAUCACUAGAAUCAAUUAUGGGCAAAGUGUCACUAUGAGUGGUCUUGCUGGUGCAGUUUCAUUGGCUGGAUCUGGAGGAGGUUUAUGGUCAGUUGAAGGGGGAAAUUGGCAGAUGGCGGCUGGAUUAAUCAAUCGUUCAAAUGUUGAAUUGCACCUUGGUGAAGAAAUAGAUUCAGUCUAUUAUUCAGGAAAACAAUAUGAACUCAAGACAACAAAGGGGAAGAGUUACUUUUGUGAAGUUGUGGUGGUUGCUACACCCUUGGAUGAAUUGAAUAUUCACUUUGUACCUGGAAUCACAAUCCCUGAUAGGAGAUUACAGCACACACAUACAACGUUCAUUAGGGGUCUCUUAAAUCUUUCUUAUUUUGGUUUGAGGUCAUUAUCAGAUCUUCCAGAAUUGGUUGGCACAAUAGAGACUUCUGAAGUUCCAUUUUCAAGCAUCUCGGUUCUCAAACGGUACAGCGAGCAUGAUAUGACUUACAAACUAUUCUCACGGAGUUACAUGGAAGAUGAUUUAUUGGAAAAAAUCUUUAGUGUGAGAAACGAGACGAUCAAAAUUGACUGGGGUGCAUAUCCCGUCUUUCAUGCCCAUGAGGUAUUUGCGCCACUUAUUUUGGACGGCCAGCAUCUGUACUAUGUGAAUGCUUUUGAGAAUGCAGCGAGCACAAUGGAGACUAGUGCUGUAUCAGCUGAAAACAUAGCACGCCUUAUCCUCUCCAGACUUGAAAUUGAAGCACUCAGCUCUGUCCCUGAAAGCUUUAGUGAUGCAUUCAAGAUGCAUUCUGAACUGUAAGCUGGAAAUGGUUCCACCCAUAGUUGUCAAUGGCUAGAUAUGGUGCACGACUGCGCGCCAUAUGCGCCAUUGCCAUGCGCCAUGUAAAAUACCUCUCCGCCAUGGCGAUCACCAUGCACCAUGACAAGCUUGGUUCCACCCUACAUACAUCUUUUUGUUCUUGUGGGGACUUCGCUACAUUUAGUGGAUUAUGCAUGAAGCUGCAUACUAACACAUGUGUGUGUAUAUAUAUUAUAUCCUAAUAUAUAUGAGAAUGUAUGGAGGAAAAACAGAUCAUAAUGAAAAGUUUAUUAAUGGUGCCUAGCCAAAAACGUGA